AGUCGGUUACUGUAUAAACUUAUCCAUUUUGAUAUGAUUUAACUGUUAAAGACAAUAUCAGAUAUGGUAUAUGCAUUUCUGAUUCACACGGUUCAACCUGGAACGUGCAGAGUGAUAUAUUCGACAACGUUUGGACAGGAAGCGAUCGAACUAGACCGAGUCGAAACAAUAAUAUCGACGGGGUCGACUGACACUCAGGGCCUGGCAGUGAGUCAGGCUCGGUCGUCACCGAUUGGACAUGAACUACGGACGGUACGCAAAGAGCAGCUACAAAUAGUGGCUAAACAGGUCCAGUCAGAAUUUUCAUUCCGGAGAGCCGUGUCAGGUAGAUCAUACGAAGACGAGAUGCAAAUUUUGGGCUCUGACGAGACCGCACUGCCGUUUGAAAAGGGGGUGUUACGACUUCGAGCUGGAGACCCAUUCGUUGAAGAGAGAAUUGUCGUAUGGGAAGCGUCAGUGAACUGUGCGUUCGCUCUCGUCUGCAGCAGACACGAAAACCGAAUCCAGGCUGAAACUGUUUUAACAACGGUGAUUCGUUAUCUUCAAGAAUAUGUCCGUGUUAUUUCGCAACCCACGGAAGCUAUGACCAAGGCUGACAAAGUCACGACGAUUUUACAUCAAUUUCUACCAAAUGGACAAAUAUUAUUCAUGAACCAUCGCCUUUUGAAACAACUUGAAAAGGGAAUGGAACUCUUAAUGAGUGGAAAAUGA